AUGAAAGAAGUGGCGAAUCCGUUGGCUGGAAUUGGACCUGCCUCCAGUCACUCAGUAGUAUCACUUAGCGGUGUUGCAUUACUAGGAAGGUUCUACACCCAACUUGGAAGACAAAAACCCUAUUCAUCCUAUCAAUCAUUCAUGGCUUCCUACACUCCAAGAAGAAUAUAUAUGAUCAUCAACUUCAUUGUCGUGAUCAUCACCACCAUAUUCUUCUUCUCGAUUCACAAUCCAACUGCAUCAAACAAAGGAGAAACGAUGACCGGUCGAGACCAUGAGCGAUCAAGAAUGGAGCAUUGUGUUGGGCUCUUCUUUGAUCCUCCACCACCUCCAAGAUGGCUCUCCGAUGAUGAACACAUGAAGAAUAAGGUCGAUAAGAAUCUUUGUAGGGAUAUGCUUCGUGCGGUUGGCGAGAUACGAAAUAAAUGGGGUGAAUUACCUAUGGGUUAUAUUGAAGCCCUUAAAAAAGUUCCUCGAUUUAAGAAGAACUCAAAGGCUCUAAACGAGUUUCUUCAACAAAAUCAUCCAAUUCGUGGUUUCACCUACCAAGUGUAA